AUGCCGACUUAUAGGCUGGUGGAUAGACCAAGAGGCGUGUGCCGUGUCCUGGGCGGUCUGAAGAUGUGCUUCCUCAACGUACUGCGGCUGCAGGUGGCGCAGAACCAGCGCCAGAAGCGUCUUUACAAGCAGUAUAUGGAGCAGCUUGCUGGUGCUUACGUCGAGCGGUGCACGGAUUUUAACGCAAUGCAUUGGGAUCCUCGCUAUAACUGCGGACCGACGCCCGAAUGGCGCUACUCGGUCCCCUGCGACGAACGCUGGCUCGGCACCGAGGGUUCGCGCUCGUGUUAUGACUCGGAGUGUACAGACAGCGGCCGGUGUUCCUCGCCGUGCUGCUCCGAGGUCAUCUUCAACGGCGGUCAGCACUUCAGCGGGAAGGGGUACAAUCAGCACGUAUGUCGUCACCAAGCGAUCUGCUAUCCAGGCAACUUUGGG